CGUCGGGAGGCAGUGGCGCUGUUGUGGUCAGGAAUGAUGCAGACAUCUGUCCAUGUUCUGCACCCCGUCAGUCUGAGGUGCAGCAGAGUCAUCGCCCCCACACACGGCACAGUGAUGGACAUGAUCCAGCAGUGUGAUCAGGUGUGGCUCCUGAAAUACCUGACAGGAUGCUGAUUUCCUGUCUAAUUUACAUCCCAGCGCAUCACUGAAACAAGUCGAGUUGUUUCGUCAUGCGAUGGGUGCUGACGGUCAUGAGGCGAGAGUGACGGACAGUUCACCACGCCGCGACACUCCGUGCUCACCAGCAGGAGCUGUGGUGGUCCAUCUGGGUGCGAUUCACGACCAACUGGACCGGCUGACAAGUCCAAACAAAACUGCCACGACCCACCGAGGCCAGUCUUCAGGUCAGCUUCUGGAUACUUUCUGAGGGUUGAAGCGGAUCAACAGCUCUGAGAUGAACGUGUGAGCUGCUGCUCUGAGGGGAAGCCCAGAGUUCCCCGUGCUGUUCUGUGGUUCAGGCUCAGAGAUGCUGAAGUCAGCCUGGAACGAGUGGAAGACGGUGGUCUGUUUGGAGAGAGAUGAGCGACUCACACUUGUUGGAGGAGGAGGUGCGGCGCGGCCACAGCAAGUGUGUUUCCUUGUGUUGUGCCUGAGCCGCCGCCUGGUGCUGCUGCGUAAACACACCUUCCUCUCAACACUCGCACGUGUGCGCACGGCUUAUCGCCGUCGUAAAGCCAUAAUGGCAAUAAUCCACAUCCCCUUUCCCACUCGUGUGGAAUUUCACUGUGAACUAGCGCUAUCAGGUCCAGGAGACCUGGAGUGGGUCCGACCUGUGACCCGUGACCGGGCGCAGCGUCUGCUCCAAUCAGGCGCAGCGAUGAUAACAGAUCAACACAAAUGGGUCACUGACUCAAAUAUCAACUCAUAAAUGGCACUCGGCACCAGGCGCGUCUAAAAAUAGGAACUGGUUCAGCACCAAGCGAUUCCAAAGGUAACGUGGUGACGGGGGGAACAAUGAGGUGUUUGGACUGGAGGGAUGAACUUUCCAACCGGCCACGUUGUUUACUGAUGGUCGGGAGGCUCGGACUCUCCACCUCAAAGUAAAGCUCUGGUGAUGAAGCAGCUUUGAUGGAGACAACAUACAGUAGUCCUUCAAAGAACAAAGACGGGUAACAAACCCUGGCACUGGGCCCGUGUGGUCUGCAGGCCUGACUCUACCACCAGGUCAAACUCCACUGGAGGACAUGAGGAAGUGAUUUGACUGAGUCAUUGAGACUCAGUUCCAGACCGGAACACAGCCAGCAGCACCCAUACUGCUGACCAGCAGGUGGCACCAGUCCACACACACACAGCUGAGGGGUCCGAGUCGCCAGGGAGCUGGACCGUAGUGGAGAAGAAUUCGGUGCCCAGGAGCAGCUCGUAAAUCGGACCCAACAGAGGAGACUUGAGCUGCAGCCGAGCUUUCCCCUGCUCAAGACAGAGGGAAAAUGGGUGGCGCCAUGGAAGCGGCGGACAUCGCCGUGGUGGCGCUGUACUUCGUGCUGGUGCUGGUCAUUGGCUUUUGUGCCAUGUGGAAAGCCAACCGCAGCACGGUGGGCGGCUACUUCCUGGCCGGCCGCUCCAUGACCUGGGUGGUGAUCGGCGCCUCCCUCUUCGUCAGCAACAUCGGCAGCGAGCACUUUAUCGGCCUGGCCGGCUCUGGGGCGGCGAGCGGCUUCGCCGUGGGAGCCUGGGAGUUCAACGCCCUGCUCCUGCUGCAGCUGCUGGGCUGGGUCUUCGUCCCCGUCUACAUCCACUCCGGCGUCUACACCAUGCCCGAGUACCUGUCCAAGCGCUACGGCGGCAGCCGGCUCAAGGUCUACUUCGCCCUCCUCUCCAUUCUGCUCUACAUCUUCACCAAGCUGUCAGUGGACUUGUACGCCGGCGCCCUCUUCAUCCAGGAGUCGCUGGGCUGGAACCUGUACGUGUCCAUCGUGCUGCUCAUCAGCAUGACGGCCCUGCUGACCGUCACCGGCGGCCUGGUGGCGGUGCUCUACACCGACGCCCUGCAGGCCGUGCUGAUGAUCGGCGGAGCCCUGACGCUGACCAUCAUGAGCCUGAUCCAAGUCGGGGGCCUGGAGGGCGUGAGGACCAAGUACAUGCAGGCCGUCCCCAACGUGUCGGCCAUCGUGGCCUCCGGGAACUUCAGCUACUCUCCGUCCUGCAGGAUCCAGCCCAAGCCCAACUCGCUGCACAUGCUGCGGGGACCCCUGGACGAGGACAUCCCCUGGCCCGGCUUCCUGCUGGGCCAGACGCCCGCCUCCAUCUGGUACUGGUGCGCCGACCAGGUCAUCGUUCAGCGGGUGCUGGCCGCCAAGAACAUCGCUCACGCCAAGUGCUCCACGCUGAUGGCGGGCUUCCUGAAGAUCCUGCCCAUGUUCGUCAUCGUGAUCCCGGGGAUGAUCUCCAGGAUCAUGUUCGCCGACGAGAUCGCCUGCAUCGGGCCCGAGCACUGCAUGGCAGUGUGCGGCUCGCAGGCCGGCUGCUCCAACAUCGCCUACCCGCGGCUGGUCAUGGCCGUGAUGCCGGUGGGGCUGCGGGGGCUGAUGAUGGCCGUCAUGAUCGCCGCCCUCAUGAGCGACCUGGACUCCAUCUUCAACAGCGCCAGCACCAUCUUCACCCUGGACAUCUACCAGGGCCUGCGGCGCAAGGCGUCCCAGCGGGAGCUGCUGGUGGUGGGCCGCCUCUUCGUGGUGAUGAUGGUGGUGAUCAGCAUCGCCUGGGUGCCGGUCAUCAUCGAGAUGCAGGGCGGACAGACCUACCUCUACAUCCAGGAGGUGGCGGGCUACCUCACGCCGCCCAUCGCCGCCCUCUUCCUGCUGGGGGUUUUCUGGAAGCGCUGUAACGAGAAAGGCGCCUUCUGGGGCGGCAUGACGGGCUUCACCCUGGGCACCGUCCGGCUGGUCCUGGCCUUCGUCUACCGCCGGCCGCGCUGCGACCUGCCCGACACCAGGCCCGCCUUCAUCUUCCAGGUGCAUUACAUGUACGUGGCGGCCGGCCUCUUCUGGGUCUCUGGGCUGGUGGCGGUACUGGUCAGCCUCUGCACCGCGCCGCCAGAUGAUGAGCAGGUCUGCACCACCACCGUCUGGGGGCUCCGCAACAUCCGGAUCCCGGUGAAGGAGAAAGAAGAGAUGUACCGCUUGACCGAGACCAAUUCCGGCAAGGUGGACGGCAGCCUGCACAAAGAGCUGCCGGCCGACGUGCGUCGCGGGCGAGGCCUGGACGCAGCCGAGAUCCGCCUCCUGGUGCCAUCCACGGAUCACGACCCAGCCACGCCCAGCGCCGACACGUCCCCCGCCGCCUCUCCGGCCAGACGCUUUGGUGGCAGCAGGAUGGAGAGCCAGGAGGCGGGCUGCUCCGACGGCGAGAGCAGCUGGUGCGUGCGGCUGCUGGACUGGUUCUGCGGCUACAGGGCAGAGUCCACCAACGCUCAGCAGAACCUGGACAAGCCCGACAUGAGGGCUGUGGCGGAGAUGCUCCACGAGCCCCCGCGAGUGAGACUGCUGCUUAACCUGGGUCUGGCCUGCGUGUGCUCCGUGGGCGUCUUCAUGUUCGUCUACUUCACACUGUAGUCGCCGCCGCCGCCGGCUCUGGACUGGUGUGGAGGCCGACUCGAGGCUCAGCGCUCUCUGUCGUCCUUCUGUAGCACUGCAACAGGGAUCAAGUGUUUGGGAUGAAGGAGUCCAGCUUCUUAACUGCGGCGCGUCCGUGCACCUGUGAACCAACUCUCUCCACGGCUACUGAUUCCUCCAGUGAACUGGACGUUUGCCUUAUUCCACAUGUAUGCACUUGUUUUGCUCAGUGAACAUGUUUAUUUGUGUGUGGGCUUCUGGUGUGUUCCCAGUCAAAUGACUCUCCUGUGGUAACCUGUGAACAAGCUCGCCCACACUAACGCAGGCGAGCUGAAGAUGGAAGCUCGUCUCAGAUCCACGUUGGGUCAGUAACCACCCGCCGAUGACACGUCGCUUCCACAUUCCUUUGAGAAGCCAAGUUUGAGUUCUGAAGCUUGGCGUGUCUUGUGUUAGCUCUGCACUACCAUGUCUUGUGACCGGAACGCCUUUCGUAUCCGUGUCCGCUAGCGCCGCCGCCUCGCGGUGACCUGUCCUCCGUUGACUCCGCCCUCAGCAGCAGGGCGUCUACUGUGACUCCAGGUGGCUGGUCGACAGAAGGCUCAUUCCCGAGUGUUACUACUGACACCAGGUGUCGGCGGAGCGUGUCUGGAUGCGGGUCACGCCGAGCCCCAGCACCAAAGACCGGAGCGUCCCGCAGGCUCGCUCCCUGUUUACGUCCGGUCCCAGCCACCGCGUGAGCGAUCUGGGUGCGUGAAGAAAGCAGCUUUCCUUUUUCUAGUGACUUGAUCAUUCCAAGUGUUGCUGCUCUCCAGCCUCCGCCGUCAUAUCUCUGUCUGAAAAGCCGUGUUUACUUCCUGGUGGACACCAGGUGGAGUCACAUGACCAACUCCGCGGGCGGCUGGCGAGCUUCUGGGAGCUUUAAACUCGACAUUGUUUUCUAUGGAUUUUAUUUUUAGAGACUGAAAAUAAAGAUUUUACGGAAAGAUCUGUUUGUUUUUGUGGUCCACUGAGUCUGGAACAUCUGGACUGACCUGAUGACCCGAGCUGUCCAAGGCACGGGAGGUCGCAGGCGUCGCGAUCAGGGUCUUAAGUCAUGUGUUUCCCUGUUACACCUGAGGUCAUUUACAGGGUGGUGGACCUU